GGGAAGCCGGGCUGCGAAGCGGGCAAUUUCAGUGUGAGACGGAGCGGCGAGACCGAGCGGCGGCUUCCAGCGCGGCGCGGCGGCUCCUCCCGCCCAGGGUCAGCGCCCCGGCGCGCGCACGCGCACCCCCGCCGCCCGAACGCGCUCCGCGCCGCCCGCGCAGUCCGUCGGUCGACCGUCCGUCGUCCUGUCGCCGCCGUCGCCGCCGCCGCGGGCGCCACCUGAGGGAGCUGCCGCCGCGGGACCCGAGCGGACGGGAUCCGACCCCGCCACCCGAGGCCGUCCGGGGCCCAGCGGCCUCCCGCAGAGGCGCCGAGCAACUUCGGCUGGCCAGCACGUUGACAGAAGUUGCCUUUUGACAUAGCUCCCACCAUGGCCGGCUGGUAGGACCACUGUCCCAUGCCCAGAAGCCAGAAUGACUGAAGAAGCAUGCCGAACACGGAGUCAGAAACGAGCACUUGAACGGGACCCAGCAGAGGAUGAUGUGGAGAGCAAGAAAAUAAAAAUGGAGAGAGGAGUGUUGGCUUCAGAUUUAAAUGCUGAUGGAGACAUGAGAGUGACGCCUGAGCCGGGAGCAGGCCCAGCCCAAGGCUUGCUGAGAGGUGCAGAGACAGUGGCCAUGGGCAGAGGCGACGGGCAGGUGGGCGACGGGCCCGUGGACAUGCGAACCACACACAGUGACAUGAAGUCUGAGAGCAGAGCCCCCUCGCCAGACGUGAUCGUGCUCUCUGACAGCGAGCAGCCUGCGAGCCCGAGAGUGAAUGGGCUGACCGAGGAUGCCUUGAAGGAGACCAGCACUGAGGCCCUCAUGAAAAGCAGUCCUGAAGAACGAGAAAGGAUGAUUAAGCAACUAAAAGAAGAGUUAAGAUUAGAAGAAGCAAAACUUGUUUUAUUGAAAAAGUUGCGGCAGAGUCAAAUACAAAAAGAAACUACCACCCAGAAGCCCGCGGGCUCCGCUGGGAGCUCUGUGACCACCCCUCCCCCGCUUGUACGGGGCACCCAGAACAUUCCUUCCGGCAAGCCAUCACUUCAGACCUCUUCAACUCGGAUGCCUGGCAGUGUCAUCCCACCGCCCCUGGUCCGUGGCGGGCAACAGACGUCCUCAAAGUUAGGGCCACAGACGAGCUCACAGGUCGUCAUGCCCCCACUUGUCAGGGGGGCCCAGCAAAUCCACAACAUCAGACAACAUUCCAGCACGGGGCCGCCACCGCUCCUCCUGGCUCCCCGGGCAUCCGUGCCCAGCGUGCAGAUUCAGGGACAGAGGAUCAUCCAGCAGGGCCUCAUCCGCGUCGCCAACGUCCCCAACACUAGUCUGCUCGUCAACAUCCCACAGCCCUCCCCAGCGUCGCUGAAAGGAACGACAGCCACCUCUGCUCAGGCCAACUCCACCCCCACCAGCGUGGCCUCUGUGGUCACCUCUGCUGAUUCUCCAGCCAGUCGGCAGGCAGCUGCCAAGCUUGCACUGCGCAAACAGCUGGAGAAGACGCUGCUUGAAAUCCCCCCACCCAAACCGCCUGCCCCCGAGAUGAACUUCCUGCCCAGUGCUGCCAACAACGAAUUCAUCUACCUGGUCGGUCUGGAAGAGGUGGUGCAGAACCUGCUGGAGACACAAGCGGGCAGGAUGUCAGCCGCCGUUGUGCUGUCCCGGGAGCCCUACAUGUGUGCCCAGUGCAAGACGGACUUCACGUGCCGCUGGCGGGAGGAGAAGGGCGGCGCCAUCAUGUGUGAGAACUGCAUGGCAUCCAACCAGAAGAAGGCACUCAAGGUGGAGCACACAAGCCGCCUGAAGGCCGCCUUUGUGAAGGCGCUACAGCAGGAGCAGGAGAUCGAGCAGCGCCUCCUACAGCAGGGAGCUGCCCCCGCACAGGCCAAGGCCGAGCCUGCCGCCGCCCCGCACCCGGCGCUGAAGCAGGUCAUAAAACCCCGGCGUAAGUUGGCGUUCCGCUCAGGAGAGGCCCGCGACUGGAGUAACGGGGCUGUGCUACAGGUCAGAACUGCGGUGCCGGGAGCCCCCUGCACCGCACCACCAACCAGCCCUCACGCCCCAGACUGUGACCACGUCAGUCGCCGACUGUCACGCUGCCUGCGUCUGUCUGCCUCCAGCCAGCUGUCCCGGGGCUCGGCCACGACACCCCGAGGCAUCCUGCACACGUUCAGCCAGUCACCCAAACUGCAGAACGCAGCCUCGGCCACAGCCCUCGUCAGCAGGACCGGCAGACAUUCCGAGAGAGCCGUGAGUGCUGGCAAGGGCAACGCCACCUCCAACUGGAAGAAGGCGCCCCUGAGUGCAGGCGGGGCCCUUGCGUUUGUCAGCCCGAGCUUGGCAGUGCACAAGACCUCCUCAGCUGUGGACCGCCAGCGGGAGUACCUCCUGGACAUGAUCCCGCCACGCUCCAUCCCCCAGUCGGCCACGUGGAAAUAGUGCGAGCCAGGCCCAGUGGAGAACAGGCUCCCUCCUCCCUCCCACCUGGCCCCACCACCCUCCAUGCGGGAAGACACCCUGCUCCCCGAGAGGGCGAGCAAGCGCGGGCCGCGCUGCGGAAGUGAGAGCUCCGAUCUUGGCUGCAAAGUCUCGUCGGGCGGGGGGGACCACUUCACAGGUGGACCAGGAAUAUCACUGGGGACCUUUCCCGUGGGCUUUCUUCCUUUCUUUGCCUUUAGUUUGCCCAACACCAGCAGAAAAGCGGACCUCGGGGGCUGGUUCUGCUCCUCGCCCUCCCCUUCGGCCCCCUGCAGGGCCCGUGGACGGCUCACCCUAGACACUGUGACACGCUCGGGCAUUGGCGCCCGGGGCUUCUGAAGUUGAGUGGAGCAUUCUGUUUUGUUUUUGCUUUUCCCUCCGUCUUAGCCUCCUAAUCUUUGACUGCCUUCCUUCAUGGCAAUCUCUAGGUUGACAGAUUUUUUUUUUUUUAAUCACCUCACGAUGAUGGAGUUUAAUGUAAACCGUGCAGACCCAGGGUUCCCUGCCAAGCACGGCCCCCAUGCCCUGGAGGGUGGGCCGCAGACCACCCAGCCCUUGCUCCAGCAGAAGGCCUCUGCUGCUGCUGCUUGUCCCGGAGACCCCCGACCUUCCACACCUACGCAGAAGAACAAACUGCAACCCAGACCCAGCCAGAGAGCCCGGGAUCCUGGAAGCCGAGGACCGCCAGCAGAGUGGGGAGGAGAGAAUCGGCGGCAACAUCUGGAGGCUGAGCAGGAAGUUGGAGGGGGCUGGCCGUUGUGUUUUUUUGUUGUUGUGGUGGUUUAUUUUAUUAAAUUUUUUCCUUUUCUUUUCCUUCUUACUUUGAUGGACAACAUCCUAAGCCCUGGCCUGUCCUUCUGUCAGGUGUGUCCAGGUGGGGAGGCGCCCCGGCGCCCCCCAGACUUCAGGGUUUAUGUUUGGGUCUAGUUUAGAACCUUCCCUUAAAGCAGGGCCAUGCUGCCAGGGUUUGCCUUCAGACUUUUUUUUCUUUUUCUUUUUUAAACCCUCUAGAGUCUACAGAAAUGUCUUAUAAAGGAUCAGGUCUGCUCUUAGUUGUGUUUUGUUUUGGUUUCUCCCACUCCUUAAAAAUCAGUCCAUGAGGAAAGGCAGAAGCUGUUGUGUGCAUGUUGCACACAGGCCAGCUCUGUGCGGGUGUGAGGGUGUCACGUGCACACGCACUCACGUGUGGAGAAUGGGGUAUGCUGCUCCUCACUUAAGCCCCAGCCCUGGUUUUCCUCUCCAUGCAGUUAGGGACUUAAUUUAAAAUCCUUAUUUUGUAGGGCCACCUUCUUCGAAUACACUGCUGCAACAUUCUAAUAAAGGCUCAUUUAAC